UUUGAACAGGUACGAAACUUGCACAGUAUUGUAUUGUCUGAGACUUUCGUUGCACUUUUGAUGAUUGUCAAGUUCAACAGUUUUAUCCAUAACGCUGGAAACCUUACGUCCUGAGCUUACGUGCGUUAGGUUUUGUAGGGUAAGUCUGACAACGUACUUACCCUCCGGCCUAGGCGAUUGUCCGAAAGAGGCACAAUUUGAGCUCAUGAAUGAACGAAGGAAAACCUUAAGUUAGCUGUUAGCUGUUCUCUCUGCCAUUCAGCAAGCAUUAAACAGUGAGUUACAGUGUAAUCUGAAUGGACGGACAACGAGUAGAACGAUUCGCUGAAGGCUCUCAGGAACUGUACACUUCCACGGCAACAAGGCUGGUAUCAAGAGUGAAGCUGAAUAGAUCCUUUGCAUGAUCUUGUCAUGUGACCUUGUCAAUCAUAAUAAAUAGUUGUGGUAUGAAAUGGAUGCAGAGCAUGAUGAAAUUGAUGGAAGUUCAUGGCGAGGGAUAUUCUCAUGCAAAAUCUAAACUUCCAAGUAAAGACUAUGAGAGCCUUGAUUAUGAUGUUUGCUACAACAAACCUUUUUCACAGAUGCUUGCAUCCAGAGAUAAAAAGUCACUCUUGGGACAAGAAGUUGUGAGAUGGAUAGUAACAGGAGCCAUUGGAAUAUUGACAGGCUUGGUUGCUGUUUUUAUUGAUUACUUUGUGACACUUUUAACCAAGUGGAAAUUCGAUACCAUCCACAAAUCUCUUAUAGCUUGUACACCUUCAGGUUGUCUAGCAGUGACUCUUCUUAUUUUGAUGGCAAUUAAUGGCCUGUUCUGUCUUAUAGCUGGAAUACUUUGUGCCAUUGAGCCUGUGGCAGCUGGAAGUGGAAUUCCUGAAAUCAAGUGUUACCUGAAUGGAGUGAAGGUUCCUCAUGUGGUGCGACUUAAAACCCUAAUAUGUAAAGCAGUUGGUGUGUUGUUUAGUGUUGCUGGAGGUUUAUUUGUCGGGAAAGAAGGACCAAUGAUCCACAGUGGUGCAAUUAUAGGUGCUGGAGUACCCCAGUUUCAAAGUAUUGCAUUUAGAAAAAUCAACUUUGAUUUUCCGUACUUCCGAACAGACAGAGAGAAAAGAGAUUUUGUGUCGGGAGGUGCAGCUGCUGGAGUAGCAGCGGCUUUUGGGGCUCCCAUAGGAGGGGUGUUAUUUAGCUUGGAGGAAGGAAGCUCAUUUUGGAACCAAGCACUCACAUGGAGAAGUUUUUUCUGUUCCAUGGCUUCCACAUUCACAUUGAACUUUUGUUUGACUGGUAUUUUUGGUUAUGGCUGGGGUUUAUUCAAUCAGCCUGGCUUGCUCAACUUUGGAGACUUCAGGUGUAAGGAAGGAACAGAGAAGUGUGAUCUGUGGAACCUACAGGAUGUUCUGAUCUUCAUUGCUAUGGGCUUUGUUGGUGGUCUUCUUGGAGCCUGGUUCAAUGCUUUGAACAAACAUCUCACAGUCCAUCGCAUCUUGCAUGUCUAUUCACGAGCUAAGCAUGUUAGGAUUCUUGAAGCUGUUCUGGUUGGUUUUCUCACCACUUCAGUAGCAUUCUUUGGUCCAAUAUACCUUGCACGCUGCAAGACACUUCCUCCUGGCAGCACUAAGGGGAAUGACACCAAGCCUUACUUUUGUCAAGAUGGACAGUUCAAUGACAUGGCCACAUUGUUCUUUACCUCUCAGGAGUCAGCAAUCAGGCAACUUUUCCAUCUUGAUGGUGCCUUUAGUCUGACAUCCCUGGGGAUCUUUUUCAUCUGUUUCUACUUCCUGGCCUGCUGGACAUAUGGUGCCAGUGUUCCUAGUGGUCUGUUUGUUCCUUGCUUGUUGUGUGGUGCAGCUUAUGGCCGCUUUAUUGGAGAACUUUGCAGGCUGUUGGGAUACCAGCACACAUAUCAUGGAACAUUUGCACUGAUAGGAGCAGCAUCAUUCUUGGGGGGAGUUGUGCGCAUGACAAUCAGCUUGACUGUCAUCCUAAUAGAAUCAACCAAUGAAAUCAGUUAUGGCCUGCCAAUCAUGAUAACACUCAUGGUAUGUAUAAUCCUGCUUUUUUUAUGUACGGUGUACCUACUUUAAUUUACAGGUUCUGUAAGUAGCUUACUAUGAAACUAUAUCUGUGCAGUAAUGAGUUGACUCUUGUCAUUAUUUAACUUCCAACCCCCAUGCAUUUUCUUUGAUUAUUGUCUGGACUUAUCAUUAUUUCAUCUUAUUGUGUGGCUGGCUCUUUGAGCGGGCAAGAAUCAAAUCCUGCACUGUGAUUGGCUACCUGAGCGGGCAAGAUAGAGUUAUCUUGCCCGCUCAGGACU